AUGCUAAAGUUACCCAAAGGCCUUAAAAAGAAGAAAAAGGGUAAAAAAUCCAAGCGUAAGGGUGAAGAAGAACUUUUCACUGAAGAAGAACUAGAAAAGUAUAGAAAAGAACACCAGCAAAAGGCUGAAAACGGAGAAACUUCUAAAGAAAAUGAGGAGUGGUCGAAGUUUAAAGAUUUGACUAGCGGCGUUGACUCUGUCUUAAAACAAACUCAGGGUGAUUUAGAUCGAAUAAAAUCGACUUCUUUUUUUCAACGUGUAACUAUUAAGAAUGAAAUAGAACCCGUUGAGAAAGCGAAACCAGUAAGGCCUGUUGUAGAAGUUACUGAAGCUGAUUUCCCUCAUUUAGCCCAAACUGCUACAGAUACUGAAGGAGACAAAAGUGAAUACGGAGUUACUGACGACGAGUCUGAGGAAGAAGAAGAAGAUGAUGAUAUCUUCGACACUUCUUAUAUUGACGCUGUACAACGCGGAGAAGUAAAACUAGCAUAUGUUCCGGAUUCUCCUGAAGAGAACAAAGACGACGACAUAUUUGAUACGUCCUAUGUUAAUGCUAUAAUCAAAGGACAAGAAGGAAAGCCGUCAAAAGGUAAAAAAGAAUUAGAUAUUGGAAUUGCGGUAGAAGUACUGACUGGACGUAUUGAUAAUGUUAAAGUUACAUCUAAAAGGUCUAAACGAGUAAUACCUGGAGACUUGCUCUUAGAAAAUGACGACAAUAGUGUACCAAAUACAACAAGUAUAGUUGUCGAUGAACCGGUCGAGAAAAGUAUAUUAGAUCUCGACACUGAUAUUCCCCUUACCACACCGAUAGACUUAGAGAGUACAUCUUUGAUUGAGCAUAUCAAAAAAGAAGUACCAAAAGAAGCUGAGGAAAUAACUAUUAUCGAAGAUAUUAUCGAUCCGCGUGAAGACGAAUUCGACGAAUUUACUUUACUCGCAGCAGAAUCGCUUGAGUCAAAAGCCGAAGUUGUUAAGUUAAAUGAAAACGAAAUUAAAAUCGGGCCAGUUAUACAAGAAUCGUGGUCAGCUUUCGAAGCUAAUACACAAGAGUCUGUUUUUGCGGAAGGAAUAGUCGAGGAUCAACUUGAUGUAGAUCCCUAUGCUGAUCAAGACGAUCCAUUUGAUACUAGUUUUGCCGAAGCUGUAGUACCGUCAAAAAAGGUAAACCCGCCACAAAAGGAAGCAUUUGUUGUAGAAGAGGAUGAUGACUUUGACCCUCGUGCUGAAGAAGUACAAGUAAAGCUUAAUAAUAGGAGAAAGUCAUCCGUGCGUAUUCAUUUGACGGAUCCUUCAGGUAUACGGGAAUCUAUAACGUCUGAUGAUAUUAUUGAAAAUACUCAGAUUCAACCAAGCCGGGACUUAUUAGGUGGAAGUUCAACAGAUUUAACACAAUUAGCAGAUUCUCCUCUUGACCCAGUUGAAGUUAACGAUAUCGAUCCAUUUGACACCACUAUCGUUGAUAAACUAGUAGCUCCUGGAAAGGUUGAGCUAAAGUUACUAGCGGAGGAGUUAAUUGACUCUACUCCUACAAAUAUUUACAAAGUUCCAAGUGAUCCAGACUUUGAUCCUCGUGCGGACGAAAUUUUAGAGAAUAGAAGUGAUAGAAGAGCUUCUCGGCCGGAAAAUUUAACAGUAAGCAAAAGCGUUGUCUUUAACGUAGAUUGUGCUGAAGAACUAUUAAAUUCUGAAAGUAAAGCCAAACCAGGAAAACCUUUGACACCGUAUUAUUCACGAGAAGUCUCGAUUACAGAAGAUAAUAACGAAGACUCUGAAUCUCGAGAUAAAGUUUCUAAUAUCUUACAUAGAACACGUUCAGACGAAGAUUUAUCAACCCAUAAUAUCACCUUCAAAACUAAGCGGCGUCAUUCUGAGUUUCCCCAGACAGGGAAUAAGAAUAUACCGGCUAGCGACCUAUUACAUAGUGGGGAAAUUGAAAUUCAAACAAAAGUUUUAACUCCCUCUGGUGCACCAAAUAACCAAAAUACCACAUCUACUAACGAAGUUGAAGAUCCUUUUGAUACCUCUUUUGCUAGUGAUAUCAAGCCUUGUAAAACAGAAUUGCGUUUAUUAGCUAAAGAAUUUUCCUGCGAAGAUUCCUCUGAUUUACAAGUGAAUGAAAAUAAAACUUUACUGGAAACAGAAGACGACUUAUUCCAAAUAAAAGCCUUGACACCAGAACCUCUUGAUAUAGUUCCUGAUUCUGAAGAUUUUGAUCCAUUUGAUACAUCUUUUGCGAGUAACCUUGCUCCUGUUACAACAGAAGCUCUUAAUCCUUUUAUGAUAACUGACAAUGAAAGUAGUGAGUUAACAUCAAAUGACAAUCCAUUCGCUACGAGUAACCCAUUUUCGGAUUUCGGUAACAACUACGAACCCCCAGUUGGUGAUACUGUACCAACAGACAUCUUUGGUAAUGCAGAACCCAUAAAUAUGGGAGCUAAACAGUUUGACGAAAACGAUUCAAUGAAUAUUUUCAAUCAAUACGUUGAACCAACGACGGGUACUGAAAAAUUAAUAAAACCAACAGAGUUAGAGUUAAUCACAACAAAUGUUGACGACUCUUUUACAAAACCUCAAGAAGUUGACAAUCAAGGAGUCAUACGACCAGUUCCGCAAGAAACUCAGAAUUUAAUUCUUAGUGUAACCGGUCAGAUGGAGUUUACAAGUUCACAUUUGCUAAACCGUAUUCCACCAACAAGAACUCCUAGUCCAGUCUCAGUGCGUGACUUACAUUCUCCAAGCCCUACGCCCGAACCCGAUAUGUUGGAAGAGUGCCCUGCACCGGAUAAUACUAUUGAAUUGACGCGGUCAAAACCAAUGCGACCUCCCCCCGCUCGGCCGCCUCGACCUGCGCCACCACCAAGGCCACAAGCUCCUCCACCACAACAAUUACCAACACGGCCACAGCCACCACAACCACCACAUCAACCACAAGAUGAUAUAAACCUUUUCGACGCACCUGCUCCAGUUGUAGUCAAACCUACAAAAGAAGCUAUACUAAGCUUAUAUUCCGCCCCUAAAAAAGAAGAAAAACCCAUAGAUUUUCUGAGUGAUGAUAUUAUGGACAUGACUUCUAAUUUUACCUCCUCUUCUACUACAACUACAACAACUGUAACGAAUGUAGUUUCGUCGAGUUUAAUAUUUGCAGAUUCUGCGAGUAUUGUAAAGGAAUCUACUGAUAUACAAGAUAAAAUUAAUGAACCGGUGGUUCCAGAUAAUGAAAAAACUGACACUGGCAAUUCGUUUAUGGAUACCUCAAACACAUUUAAUGAAAUGCAAACUGAACAUAAUGUAAUUGAAACUGUUACGCCCCCAUCGAAUAAUGAAAUUAUAGAAGAACAACACUCUCCUCCUGGCUAUGAAAAAAAUCCUUUUGAUACUGAAGAUGAGAAUAUUACGGAUACAGUAUUACCGCAGACCACCAAUGUAUUUGCGGUCAAUAUGGACGAUAACUUCCCCCAUUCUGUUGAUAAUAUGCCGAUAGAAACUGAUGCGUUUAAUAAUUCUGCUCAAGUGAUAGACACGAGUGAACCUAUGGACGUAGGUUCUACACCGUUCGGAACGGCGACAAACAUAUUUGACAAUAGUUUCGUUGAGACUCCUUCUAUACAGCAUGUGGAUAAUUCUGCUGAUUUUGGUUGGGGUCAACCAGAGCCAAUGGCUGAGGAGGCAUUUCCAGAAUCUCAAGAUGCAUUUGAUGCGUUCUCGGCAAAAUUCGAUUCAGCUGGUGGAAACCAUAUGGCUACUGAUGCUUGGGGAGACGAUGGCAGUUCGGAUGCCCCACCAAGCGGUUUCGAAUCGGAAGCGUUUGAUGCUUUCCUGCAAAUGGAGGCUCCUCCCCCGCCGGCUGCAACACCUCGGCUUGAUCACCAAUUAUCAGCUGACUCUGGCGACGACACCUUUUCUGUCGUUAUAAGGCCAAAGGAUAUAGGGGCGACAGAAAGCGCUGCUGUGCCGGUACUAGCGCCACCACCACGCCCGCAGGCAAUGCCUGAGUCUCCACGAGCCAACCCCUUCGACAAAAGUGCAGUCGAUACCUUGCAGCAACAGUUUGCUGCAGAACAGCCGGAGUUAAGUCGGGGUCGCUCCGGUAGUGGUGGUGAAACGCCCCCAACUCCAUUGUUCGAUGACGAUGUAUCCGUCCCUCUGGAAGACUUCCCUCGCACGAAGUACACCGGACCCGGUUGGGAGAUGCAUCUGCGACAGCCGAAUAAGAAAAAGAUUACUGGUCAACGGUUCUGGAAAAAAGUAUUCGUGCGCAUAGUAACACAGGGUGACAAUCCAGUGGUUCAACUGCUGAACAACGCUGGUGAUAACGAACCUCUGCAGGAGCUACCACUACAGGCGUGCUACUCUGUAUCGGAUAUUGCGGCACAGCAGUUCGACCAGUUCGGAAAGAUCUUCACCGUUAAACUACAAUACGUCUUCUAUAAGGAAAGGCCUGGCGUUCGGAAAUCGUUGGCUAACAAGAUUGUUUUCCGCAGGCCAGGCCAGGUGACGAAGGCAGAACGCAUCACGAACAAGUUGUCGCAAUUUGCAGCUUACGCUAUACAAGGCGACUACCAAGGAGUGAAGGAGUUUGGUAGUGAUCUACGAAAGCUUGGUCUGCCAGUCGAGCACGCUCCACAGGUGUCUCAACUAUUCAAGCUGGGUUCAUUGAACUAUGAGCAUGUGAAGGAAUUCUCGUGUAUAAUUGAAGAGUCGCUUUUCCGAAUUUCCGCGCACCGAGAUCGCGCUCUCACGUACAAGAUGGAAGAGGUGCAACUGACAGCUGUCGAUGAGUUGUAUGUGGAGCAAGACGCAGAGGGCUCAGUUCUUAAGCAGAUAGCUCGCGUCCGUCUCUUCUUCCUGGGUUUUCUUAGCGGAAUGCCGGACAUAGAGUUAGGGGUAAACGAUCUACGGCGACAAGGCAAGGAAGUGGUGGGUAGACACGAUAUCAUCCCCGUCGUGACGGAAGAGUGGAUUCGCGUUGAGAAUCAAGAGUUCCACGCCUGCGUACAACCUGAAGAGUUUGACAAGUGUCAGAUUAUCAAGUUCAAGCCACCAGAUGCUUGCUACAUAGAGCUAAUGCGAUUUCGCGUACGACCCCCAAAGAAUAGAGAAUUGCCCCUCCAGCUCAAAGCUGUCUGGUGCGUUACUGGUAACAAGGUGGAGUUGCGUGCGGACGUCCUAGUUCCAGGCUUCGCGUCCCGUAAACUAGGUCAGGUUCCCUGCGAGGACGUGUCAAUACGUUUUCCGAUACCCGAGUGCUGGAUCUACCUGUUCCGUGUGGAAAAACAUUUCCGCUAUGGCUCCGUUAAGUCCGCUCACAGACGCACCGGCAAGAUUAAGGGGAUUGAAAGGUUUUUGGGCGCCGUGGAUACUCUUCAGGAGUCCUUGAUCGAAGUCACGUCUGGUCAAGCCAAGUAUGAGCACCAGCAUCGCGCUAUUGUCUGGCGCAUGCCACGAUUACCAAAGGAAGGCCAAGGCGCCUACACGACGCACAACCUCGUUUGUCGUAUGGCACUAACGUCGUACGACCAAAUCCCGGAGGAAUUGGCGAAAUUUGCGUAUGUUGAGUUCACGAUGCCCGCGACGCAAGUCUCCCAUAUGACCGUCCGUUCGGUCUCGCUUCAGAACCACGACGGAGAUCCACCCGAGAAAUAUGUUCGGUACUUGGCACGGCACGAGUAUCAGGUGGGCAUUGAACGCACGAGUGGCACACAGACUGCAGCAUAUACGCUGGCUACUACAGCCCCAGAACCCAAACGGGAACAACCGCCACAAUCCCCACAACCGGCACCGCCGUCUUCGGACUCCGAUUCCGACUAA